UGAACAGUGGCCCAUUCGUGAUAACUACCAUGCUACAUUGUGUUCUCUGGGUAUUAUUUUUCCACGCUGUUUCCAGUUUAAAACUGAUGGAACUAAAUGUCCCUGCUGGAGUUGCACGUGGCGCCUCCUUAUGGUUGUACUGUGGCUAUGACUUAGAAGGAGAUGAGCUUUAUUCAGUCAAGUGGUACAAAGACCACGUGGAGUUCUAUCGCUAUCUUCCGAGUGAUCAUCCUCCCGGACAGAAAUAUGACUUGCAAGGAGUUCAUGUUGACUUAGAAAGAUCCAACCAAACGCAUGUCUUUCUUACCAACACGGAUCUUAAUACAGAAGGUCUGUAUGAGUGUGAAGUGUCUACAGAAGCGCCAUCUUACAGAACAGUGCAGGUGGAUAAAACAUUGAAAAUGUACGCUUUACCCCAAGAACCUCCUGAUAUUGAAGGCAACCAACCAGUUUAUCAGAUUGGCGAAGAUGUUAAUGUCACAUGUUUUUCAAAACCUUCAAAACCAGUCUCUAAUCUGACAUGGUAUAUCAACGGGAAAGAGGCAAAGCCAUCAUACAUAACUCCCUAUCCUGUUCAAGAAUAUUUUAAUGGGUUAAAAACAACUGCUCUAGGCCUAACAUUCAUCGUCACCUACAACCACUUCAGCUAUGGUGUUAUGGGGCUUCGCUGCACAGCCUCCGUAACGCAAGAGUACUCCACUCACAGCAAGGAACUAAUUAUUGGAGAGAGUAUAAAAACAGACAACUUUCAGUCAUCAAAUGUUGUUGUCCAAGAUAUUGCACCGCGAAUAACUGGAGAUAAAGAGAAGUACGUUGUAGGGAACAUUGUAGAUUUGAAUUGCUCUUCUUCGCGGUUUACGAAGUCCCUUAGGCUUUCGUGGUCUAUCAAUGGAAAAGAGGCCAACAUUUCCUACCUCGUCAAAUACCCGAAUGCUCUUCAGGAAGAUGAUAGUGUGUUUUCUCAAUUAGGCCUGAGGUUUUUACUCACACAAAAACAUUUACAUGGUGAUGGCCUUAAACUCAAGUGCACUGGUACAGUUGCUAAGGUGAUUGACACAAGCAGUAAAGAAAUAUUCAUUGGAGGGUACCAGCAAACAUCUGGUCUUCACGACGUUGGGAACUUAGAAGCAGAAGACAUGGUUGAACACUGUCGUCAUGGCAACCUGAUCUCGGGGUUGACACUACUUCAGAGUAACACAAAACGUAGAGACCCAAACCCAUCUAUAUUUCGUCGAAUUGCUAUGGGACUUGGAAAGAUAUUCGCUAGUCUAAAAAGUAAGAGCUACCGCUGUAGGUUCGUAUCAAAAACGCUAUCUACUUCAGUUUACGGUCUUUUACUGUUUUACAUCGUUAUAUAUCUCUAUCAUUCUUGAAAGUAUUUGUUUUGCUGGUUUAAAGUUUGAUAUAUUCCAAAAUACAUUGACAACUUCUGUCGCACGUGAAACCUUCUUAACUAAAAAACUGUAAUGGCUCUUUUUAUAUGUCAAAAGCUAGAAGCGAGAACCAGUUUUAAAACACGAUUCUUCACUCCAAGCUAAAUAUACAAACUGACAGGAAACACGGAAGUCGUUGUUCAAAAAUUCCCUCAUCAACUUGAUACUUCUUCUCUUAAAGUAAGCUUAAAAAAUUAUUUAUACAUUUCCACGUUGUUUGCAAUAUGUAUGGUAUUUGUUUUCAUUACAUUGCUAUAGGUUGUGUUUUUUUACGAUAUGUUGUGAAAGAAAAAGGUGGUAGGAAGGGGUUAUAGAUUAUUCUUUCCGUACUCUCUCUCUCUUUAACAGAAAUAUUAAUACAUUGUUGUGAGUUUCUAUGCAUUUGGU